AUGGUGGGCGGUGGGCUUAUCGCGCUAUCUGAGAGACACGCGGCUACGUGUAUUGAAAUCGUGCCACCGCCGGCGAAACCUGCCUGCCUUCGCGCUUACGUCAACUCGUGCUCCAGUAUACUGCUGGACCACGACAACAGCCCAAGGCUGCAUUCCACCGCGCAGAGCGCAGAGCGCAAGUCGGGGAUCACGUGGAAGUACGGGGUGGAAUAUCGAUCGCCGCGUGUGUUCAGCUCUCGGCUCAGGAAGUGCUUGGCCAUGAUCAUAAUGGAUUCACAAGAUGAUGGAUUCGGUUACACUCUAAUUCAAGCAGAAUUGUUAGUUCUGAUUGAAGAAAAUCCUCGUAAGCCGACGUACCCAGCGGAGGAGAAUCACCGCCACCUCCCACGAUGA